GCGACAAACAUAUCAUAGGAACCUCCUUAAAAUGAAAGAUAAAGUUCAUGUGGAGCUAGCAAGAGAGAUCAGCGCCAGCCUAUACCAGUAUACCAAUAAGGGAGCACAUAGGACAAGGCCCUAAUUGUUCUUAAAUACCAUUCCAGGGAGGCCAGAUGGCAAAAUUGACCAUAAGUUAUGUGAAGACUCUAGCACAAAUCAUAGAUCAUCUUGGAUUGGAGGAACCAAAAAUAGCGUAUGAGAAGGGAGAGAGCGGAACGUUCCAUGCUACCAUAGAAGUGGACCAUGUGAACUGGGUAUCCAUGGGAUACAGAGGCCAACAAGAAUUCACAGGCAAGUCAUCAGUUUCCGCAAGAAGAGCUGUUGGGAAGGCCGCUCAUAAAGUUGUCAAUACUCUGGAGAAAUAUGGUCUCGUCAAGAUCAAUGAUUUCAGCAGGAAACAACUGAAGCUGUGGAAGAAAAGAGUCAUGAAUAUUGCUAAGGUAUGCAAGGAACUCAUCGACGAAAGAGAUGUACUUGAGAGGAACAACGCGUACCUACAAAACAAGCACAAUAAAUUACUUGCAGAGAAUGCUAGGAUGGAAGAAGAAAUAUCGAGGCUGGAGGAAAAGAUAGUUGGGCGCACAGAAGGUGAAAAGGAAGAUAAGGAGCCCACUAGCAAGAACGACCACUUGGAUGGAGAUAACACUACAAUGGAGGAAUUCAUGGAAGUUAAGUAGGAAGGCACAUAAUAUAAAUUGCUGCGGUACUAGGUUUCCAUCUGUGCAAGUACUGGUCAAUGUGUUAUAUAUAGUAAUUCUGUGUCCUAGGAAGGUACCUGCAGCUCAACUAAUGGUGCUGAUAGUAGUAAUGGUUUCAAGUACCUAUUAUAUAUUAGUGUCGCAUCUUAAAAAAGAGGACUGGUUGUACGUCUUGAUGUUGUCUUUUCGCUAUUGAAUGCAUGGUACUU